CCUAAGGCUGAUUUAAGAUACGCGGCCGUGAAAUCCUGAACGAUGGGUGUCGAUAGAACUACAGCGUUGCGAAUAUUUGCUGGGUUGGUGAUAACGGUGCUGCUGUCCUUAACCCCGGACGCUCUUUGUGAUGAUUCCAGUAAACUGCAACGAAAACUUACAACCAUCCUGAACCCCGAAUGUCCGGACUUUGUGUGCCGCAACGACUCCGAUAUCACUCUGGUGCACAUUUCGGCCGAGUCGGCUACCGACACGCUUCACUAUGUGUGGGAUUUUACCGGCAAACCAACUAUCUUGGUGGCGCUCACCGGCAAGGAUGUCGGAUUGCACAUCAACUGGACCAGCCUGAUGGACAGUAAACCGGGAUCGGUGCAGUUCAGCAAACCGCCCCAGUAUACGUUUAUGGCUGUUAUCAAUCGCAUUUUCCAGUACGACGACGCCGAUGACCGAGCAAUGCUGGAUGCGGGCUCGAACGUGUUCGUAUACGAUCCACACAACUUCACCUGGAAUCGUAGCUUGCUGUGGUCCAACGAGCGGGACGUUAUGUUGGCAAUCAAUGCAGGCGACGAUUUCCUGUUCAAGCUGAACGCAUACUCAACGAAGGACCACGGCAUGGACUUUCCCCAUCUGCUGCACUCAUCGAACGCAACCCAAAUCGAUAUCGUUUUCAACAACAUUACGAACCGGUUCGUCAACCCGCGGUUUGCCAUCGAACUGCUCUUUGUCGUGUCCGAGCAAAUCGUUGUCGAUUCCGCAUUCGAGGUGACCAAACGGAAAACACUGGACGAUGAACACACGCCCGGGAUUUUCGAGAUCGUGGACGUACUAUCACCGGGAGCGUUUACCUUCUCGGCCGGCGGGUACAUCGAUUAUCGACCGGUCUCGUACACGCACCCGGAACGGGACGUGGCCACAUCGACCGAAACUCGACAAAGUCAACCGGCCAAGAUUGAAUCGCCAGCUUCCGUCCUCAAUACCACCUUAGCUUACGCAAUCUUCGGAGCGGAACUGGAUGGGGCCAAGCUGGUGGUGCAGGGCAUGAACAUUUCGUUCGGCGUCAGCGAGGAUGGGUUCUAUCGUAAAACCAACUACACCACCAUGACGUUCCAGGUCGGGUACGGAUUGCCUCCGGUCGAGGAGCUGUCCGCAUUCGUGCUGAUCGUGGCCGGCAUUGGUAUCGGCAUUCCGCUCGUGGUGCUCGUCACAAGCGUCAUCCUCGUUUGCACCAGGAAGCUUCGUAAUCGGGGGCCGUUCCACCAGGAAAGGCUUUGAGGGGACACGGCUUCUCGAACACGGCUGUGGCCAAUGGAUCUCUUUCACUGUCUCUGUUUUCUCUCUGUUUCCACUGUGUGGGUCCCUGUUGGGGCUCCAUGGGAAUGACAUAAACGCACACUGGCGUAACGUUUAACCCGGUACACCGUUUGUUAGUCGGAUUGUAUUCGUACCCUACACCAAGAUAGUAUAAUAAUUAUACAAAAGAAAUGUUA